UCAAAUUCCCUCACAAGCAGCUCAUCAGCUUCCACAGUGAUCACAUUAAUAACAACUCUACUCUGCCUGAGAGCGAUCACCCAAGGAGGACACAGAGAAGAACCAGCGCAGCGCGGCGCGUCCUCGGCGGGAUACCUGGUCAGGUCCAUCCACUCCUGCUCCACUGACGCCUCAUCUACACCUGCAGCUGUGUUUUGUUUUUGUUUGUUUGUUUUAACUCAACUUUUUUGGCUGGAACUUCUUGGGUAACCGGCGCCGCGUCCUUCAUAAAUGUCGUACUGAAUAUUAACUGCUAUGACAGGGAAACUAGCGGAAAAGCUCCCUCUUACCAUGAGCAGUUUAAUAAACACGAUCCCUGACAGUCUGUACCCGGAGGAGGACAUCCCGACAUCUAUGAAUAUUUUCACCAAUACGGAAUCUAUUAACCACUAUUCACAGAUGAAUACAGAUAAUAUUAUGGACCUGGGCAUGGGGAGCGAGAAGAUACCUUCAGAGAUCCAGUAUGGUUCCGGCUUUCAGUCCAACCGCAGUGGGCAGACUGUCACCUACCUGGGGAAGUUUGCCUUUGACACUCCUCCAUCAGGUGGCAUAGGAGGUUCAGGCUGGUGCUCUGAUAAUAACAUUAUCAGUCUGGUCAGCGCCGGGAUCCUGGGGGUAUCUCCAUCACCUGGCACGGUUACAGCGCAGACAUCAUCCUCUGCAGCCAGCAUGGGUGGACAAACGUCUGACAUGGAGCAGGUUUAUGGUCCACCACUACCUGCUUACUCCACCUGCAGUGACCUCUACCAGGACCAGGUCUCCUUUCACCACAGCCCCGCCACCAGCACAGCUCUACCCUACCCUGGCAAUGACUAUCACUCCACAUCCAAAGGCUCCAUGGAUGGAAGUCUUUUCUCCAUGAUCCCUGACUACAACCUUUUCCACCAUCAGGGUGAUGUUGGCGUGAUGGAACACAAGCCCUUCCAGACCAUGGACCCUAUCCGGGUCAACCCUCCACCCAUCACACCACUGGAGACCAUCAGGGCAUUUAAAGACAAGCAGCAAAUUCACCCAGGUUUUAUCGGUGGGCAGCAGCACCCUCCUCAGCACCACCCACCGCCACAGACUCUCACCCUAAAACCCAUCCGGCCGAGGAAGUACCCCAACCGUCCCAGCAAAACCCCAGUCCACGAAAGGCCACAUGCCUGUCCGGCAGAGAACUGUGACAGGCGCUUUUCCCGGUCUGACGAGCUGACGCGUCACCUUCGCAUCCACACAGGUCACAAACCCUUCCAGUGCCGAAUAUGUAUGCGCUCCUUCAGCCGGAGUGACCACCUGACCACUCACAUCCGCACACACACAGGUGAGAAACCCUUCUCCUGUGAGUUCUGUGGACGCAAGUUUGCUCGAAGUGAUGAGCGAAAGAGACAUGCAAAGGUUCACCUGAAACAGAAGGACAAGAAGCUGGCAGACAAGAGCAGUGGGGCAGCGGGGAGCCACAGCUCGCCACCCAGCUCCUGUGGGGGGCCAACGGUGGGAACAUCAUGACCGUUAGUCAGUGCACUUGGACUUGAACCCUCACCAGGCCCCAUAAAAAAUGACUAAUGAAGAAGGGACCACAUCCACUAUGAGAUAAAUAGGUGACUUUUUUCCUCUCUUUUCCAUCCAAGCUUCACUAAGUUGUAUUCCUUCUGUUUUUAGAUGGACGCCUUUAGAUUAAAUAAGCAGGAAACGGCUGCUACGCCCUUUUCUGUCUAACAACUCAAAGCCUCAGCUACUGUUACGCAGUGCCAACACAAAGAAGGGGCAUCUUGGCACAUACUGCCCUGGGGGCCACUGUGUAUGUAUAGUUUUUUGAGGUAGCUUCACUUUUGUAAAUUUAACUGAGAAAUUCAACAUUGUAGAGAAUCCAGAAUCCAUCACAAGGAUUAUCAGAGACAGAAUUAUGAUGGAGCUUAGUUAUGGGAAGAGUAGGAAUUGCAUUAAUUUUAUUAGGCUGUUUAAAAGUGCAAUUGGUUAUAUUUGUGUGCUGUCAUUGUUACCUUAUAAGUGGCACUUGACUUGUCUUUCUGAAUUUUCUUACGUGUGUUUAUAUUUUAUAUUUUGAAUGUUGUUUCUUUGAAAGAAUGUUGCCAAACGUAUUGUGUUAAAAACGCCAACUUGGUUCUUCAGUAUUGUGCCUGAUGUUUGCAUUAAAAGCGAUUUCAGCUCAGCAUACAUUGAAUUGAAAAGAGGGCAGACUUUCAGUUCUUGAUUUUUACAUUUGGAUUUGGUUAAAUCUAGAUGACUGAAAGGAUUACACAAAAUAAAUGAAACAAUGUUUUUUUUCCUGUUACCUGUUCAUAUAAAAAAAAAAUCAAAAAAGCCUGCAGCAAUCAAUGUCUUUGCCAAGAUUUAUUUAUUUGUUGUCACUUACUGACACUGUGUAAUUUUGUUACCGUUUUAUGUGAUGGUUUUAUGUGUUGUUACCAGAUAUAAUUUCAAUACCAUCCAUUUUUUUUCACUUUUUCUGAGUUCUGCAAUUAUAUGCAAUAGGUCCGUGACAUGUGCCACCAACCCAUAAAUCAAAUUAACUAAGAGCACAGUUGAACAGACGGAAGUACUUAAAUAAACAACACUGGUUUGCAAAUUAGCAGCAUAUGGAAGCAAAGUGGGGGGAAAAGAAUGAAUGAGGCUUUUUUUUGUACACUUCAUUGUGUUAAAAACAAACUCCUAUGUUUAAAUUAUUUCCAAUCCAGACAGAGACUGAUUUGUAAACUUGUUUUUGUACAAAGCACAAAUAUGUAUGUAGCUGUAAUAGAUUAAUCACAUUUGCACUCAGACACCAAAUGCACCACAGCUUAGUGUUAAAUUGUGCACAUGCAGUACAGUAUGUACACGUGUUCAUGCACACUGUGUAAAUAGAAGUGUCAGCAUAAUGAAUACAUUUUAAAUUGACAGAAUACCUUGACGGAAUCUGUCUAGAAUAUUGUAGUUUUCAUUUUGUUGUCAUAGGUCAUAGCAAAAGCCACAGUGCCAAAUAAGGAAGUGUUUUCUCAAUUUCUGUCAUAAAAACACAACACAAAGGUUACAUAGAGUAAUAUUUGUUUUAAGGAAGCACUGGUAUGUGUGUUGUAUCUUUAUAAAAAAAAAGAAAUCCCCCAGUAUACAAGAACACAUGAAUGAAAUUGUUAAGUUUUCUGAGAAUUACUGAUGAAAUACUCUUCAUGGAAAUAGCAACAUUUUCCACAUGUGGCUUCUCACUUCUCCUUUUUGUAGCUGGAUGGAAAGAAAAUAAUUCUUCUUUUCUGAGAGACUUUUUCUUUCAAAUUUGUAUUUGUUGGAAAAAAAUACAACAUAAACAAAACUUAGAAAAUAUUUGUUAAUGUAGCGGUCAGCAGACAUAGCAUUCAGACAUAAGGAAAAUAUCAACAGACAAAUGCAAAGGCCAGAAACAAGGAGCUUCCUGGCAAGUUAUUUUUUCCAAUUAAUUUGACCUCAGAGUCUUUCCUCAGCUCAUCUGCAUGGCUAAAUGGACUGACCUUUGAGCACUUUUAUAUUAGAUAGUUUAAAAGUUCACACUCCCUGAAACAACUUGCUGUAUAAAAAGUAGCUGUUUAUCAUAAGAAUUAUUUUAUUUAAAUAAAAAAAAUAGUGAAACUUUGGAACAUCUAAAGAAAUGCUUUCCAAAUUAUGACGAGUUUGAUGGACUUAAAUUGAUUCUUGACUAGAUUCAGUCUAGACGGGAGUGACUAGCCUCAAGUAUAAUAAUCCCAUAUCAGAGCGCUUCGUAGAGUCAGCACCAGUGUCUAUGGUUGCAGUGAUGUGAAAAAAAAAACUCAUGUGUAUCUUUAAUGUUUACUUACAAUAACUUGAUUGUUACAUUCUUUAGAUAAUUUUGACUUGAUUUAACCAAAAAUGAUGCUCUUGCGUGCUCCAGUUUUGACACUGGUGAGAAUGAUUUUUGCUUUUUAAUUAUAGCAUAGAAACUGUGGCAUCCUCCUUGAGAAAACUGUGUUUUUGUUGCUUUGCGUCAAGGACUGAUGCAGAGUGAGGCGGUGACUACACACCAAACUAUUUCCACAUCUAAAUGAAGCCGUGUAAUUACAACCCUGCAACGUCAAUAUUUCAUCAGUCACAUAACAGGACAUUCUGUCACUUGGGUUUUGUGACAUUUCUGUAAUUGAUGCGAGGGUUUCAAAAUUUUUCCCCCAACCGGUUUCCUAUAGGUUGCUGAAUAACAAUGUGCGCUGUGCCAUGUUUCUACUGAAUAUCUCCGUGAACAGCAUGAAUGCUAUAGAUAAAUGUCAAUGACUUUCUGAACUCAGAAACAACCCCCCUCUUUCACAAUGAUGCUUCUGAAAGGAGGCAUUAUGUUAUGUUUUCUGUCUGCUGUUGUCCAUAAGUAGAUUUAAUAGUAGGAUUUAGCCACUUACCAGAGCCCACAUUGGCAGCCAUUUUUGUCCAAAAUCCACUUGCUGGGUUAGCCAGUCAAAAUGAUCAGAUUUGGACAGGAGUAACUAAUCCUACACAAUACUUUGUGUUUCUAUGUUUAGUUCAGUGUCUGUGAAGUGGACCGUGGAUACAGUAACAGGCUUGGGCUGUUUGGUCCAUUAACAAUUAGAUGUUUUAUGACAUUGGGGGGAAAACAGCUUACAACUGAAAAGAUGUCGAUAAUGUGUAGAUCUUAUAGACAUCUCAUGUCAUGCCAUGGACUACAGCAGGGAUUUUGAGGUCUCCACACUCUGGUAGUUAGAUGGAGUCGAUACUCACUGUUUUCUGUUGUGUUGUGUUUCCUUUUUCAUUACAGUAUAUGAUCACGUUUGCAUGUGCACGGAAAUGUUCCCGAGUGUUGCCCCAUAUGCUGAGUGCGGCACUCAUUUCUUUAUUAUGCAUGAAAAGUAAAUGCACCUAUAUUUGGGUGAGUUGGCAUAAAUAUUCCAACAAUUCAAGAACGUCACUUGGAAACACACACUGGGAUUUCUGUUGUAUUGGCUUUUCUUUUAAGAAAACAAAAGGUCUUGUUAAAAUGUUGUGGAAGUCUUAAAGUUAUUUCAUGUUUUUAUUACCUUAUACUAAGGUCCUUUUACGAUGAAUUGAGUAUUAAAAUGAAUUUUACUAUAUCCUCGUGUUGGGGAGUUGUUCUCCCCUGUUUACUUGGCACUUCGGUUUGUUGUAUUGCAGUUUUGUUAUUUCUAUGUAUGUACUUGAAUAAAGAAAAAUAUAACUUGCCUUCAGUUUACUUUAGUUCCCAUACAUAAAUACAUGUAUGUAUGCACCUGAACCAACUCUAUGGAGAUGG